ACCUCUUUAAUAAUCUUUCUCUGCUAUAUAUAUAACCUCUCAUUCAGUCAAGAGUGUGAUACAGAUAAUCAAUAUAUUGUGCUUGUGCAUAGCUAGACAGAGUACAGCAGAUCGAGAAAAUGGCAUACAAUAAGGUGGUCGCCUUCUCCGUGCUACUCGUCCUGUCCAUGCUCGCGGCAGCGACCAAUUCCAUGGCGGCCGCGGCGGCGGCUCGAUACGGCGCCGUGGCCAACACACCCGGGGAGUGGUGCUGGGCCGGGAUGGGCUUCCCGGUGUACCCGUUCCCGCGCUGCCGGGCGCUGGUGAAGAGCCAGUGCCUGGGCGCCCAGGCCGCCCAGAGUAGUGUCCGGGAGGACUGCUGCCGGCAGCUCGCCGCGAUCCCCGACGAUUUCUGCAAGUGCCCCGCGCUGGGCGCGAUGCGGGACAGCAUGUACAAGGAGCUCGGCGUCGUCAUGAAGGGGGAGGGAGUCGGAGACGGCACGGUGGAGGCGGCGGAGAUCUUCCCGGGGUGCCGCACGGAGGUGAUGGACCGCGCCAUCGCCAGCAUCCCGGCCUUCUGCAACCAGCGCAUCCCCAUCGGCACCGAUGGCGUCUGCUACUGGCUCUCGUACUAUCAGCACCCUAAGCAAGUGACUAGCGCUUGAUUACCAGCCGUGCAGGCUGAUCAGCAAAUAAGCGCAUGCCCAGUACUUACUGGCAUGUUGUGAGUGGUUGGUGCAAUUAAGCACCAUGCGUCCUAGCUUUUCAAUAAAAUGAUGAACUGCAAUGUUCUUCUCGAUGUGUGUCCGGUUCGUGAUCAAUCCUAUUAUCAUAAUUAAUUAAUUUGCAGUGUUGUGAGUGGUUGGAGUAGACUUUUUUAAACGGUUUUGCUAUGGAUAAGUCGCCCGUUUUUUAGUGAGAGAUCAAUCGA